AUGGCGUGUCCGUUUUUGAAUGAGGUUGCAGGACUAGAUGAAGAAGCACUCAUUGUGCGCAGAGCUUGUAGACGUGAGCGCGUGCUGCGGGACAGGUCGGACCCGUUGCUCCACCAUGACGACCACCUGUAUGAGUGGUACCGCUUUUCGGCGGAUGGGAUCCGCUACCUCUGCAGACUGCUGGGUCCGCACAUCCAGCACCGCACAGCACGCAGCCGAGCAAUGACGGUCCCACAGAUGGUCUGUGUCGCGCUCCGCUUCUUUGCAAGUGGCAUGUUCCUCUACUCUGUGGGAGAUGCAGAGAACCUGGACAAAGGUGCCAUUUGCCGUGCCAUCCGGGGCAUGUAUCUGGCACUAAAGUCCCAGAUGCACGUCUUCAUCACCUUCCCAGGCCACAGAAGGAUGUGCUCUAUUAAGGAGGGAUUCUACAAAAUCGCAGCUUUCCCUAAUGUCAUCGGUGCGCUGGACUGCACUCACGUGAGAAUCAAACGCCCCUCAGGUCCUCACGAAGGGGAUUUUGUGAACAGGAAAUCGUUCCACAGCAUCAAUGUCCAGAUGAUCACCAGCGCUUGUCACAAGGGUAUGGAUGCCAGGCAUUCCUCCUCACACCCUUCCCAGACCCCCACACCAUGGCACAGAGAGGCUACAAUCUUGCCCAUGCGAGAACCAGGGCAAGGAUUGAGAUGGCAUUUGGCCUUCUCAAAGCAAGGUUCCAGUGCCUCCAACAGCUGA